CUGACAACAACGAAUAAGAAGAACAAAGUGGAGAAGAUCACUGCAGAUAGGUUUAUUAUCGCAACUGGCUUACGGCCACGUUAUCCGGACGUCGAAGGUGCGAAAGAAUGUUGCAUCAGUAGUGAUGAUCUAUUUUCACUCAGCUAUAAUCCCGGCAAAACGCUAUGCGUUGGCGCAUCCUAUGUUUCGCUGGAGUGUGCCGGCUUCUUAAAGGGAAUUGGCAAUGAAGUUACUGUAAUGGUGCGAUCAAUAUUGCUGCGAGGAUUUGAUCAGGAUAUGGCCGAGAGGAUACGUAGUCAUAUGAUGACUCGAAAUAUUAAAUUCGUUCACGCAGUUCCAACAAAAUACGAACGUCUUGAUGAGCCAACUGAUGACAAGCCUGGAUUGGUGCGAGUUUCGUGGGAAGAAUCCUUCGAGGAUGGUAAUAAGAGGGUUGUCACUGAAGAUUUCAAUACGGUUUUAAUGGCAAUCGGUCGUGAUGCAGUGACCGAUGGAAUGGGUCUCGAAACGGUUGAUGUUGAACGCAGCAAGUCUGGCAAGAUCAUUGGCCGUCGUGAGCAGAGUGUCUCGUGUCCGUACGUUUAUGCGAUCGGUGACGUACUGGAAGGAUGUCCAGAGCUAACGCCGGUUGCUAUUCAAGCUGGACGUAUACUGAUGCGUAGAUUGUUGACUGGCAACUCCGAGUUGACAGAAUACGAUCAAGUACCAACCACUGUGUUCACACCCCUAGAAUAUGGAUGUUGCGGUUUAGCCGAAGAAGCAGCAAUUGCGAAGUUGGUUACUGUUGAAGAUAACUUGAAAUUUUUUAUAUGUUUCCAAUUUCUUGAGGGAAGAGGAAUUCAUUUCAUUAUGAUUUUGUAUGAUUCCGUUCUGACAGUUUUCAGGUACGGCAAAGAGAACAUCAACGUCUAUCACAAUGUAUUCAUCCCACUCGAGUUUAGUGUACCGGAACGAAUCGAAAAUUCGCAUUGUUAUUGUAAGCUGAUAUGCUUGAAAAAUGAAGAGGUAUUCACG